UUUUCUGGUAAGUGUCCUUCUCCUCCUUUUUCUUCUUUCUUUUUGCUUUUAUAAAACACUCGAUAAAGCUUCACCUCUGCUUCAUAAUUCAAUCUGGCCCUGAACACAACACGCCCCCCCACCCCCCUCUUCUCUCUCUCUCUCUCUGGCACUCAUACACAAAACCAUAAUCUCAGUCCUCACAGAAAGAUAAACUGGCGCCUUUGCAGAUCCAAGAAAUCCCAUAACAGAAGGAAAUUAAAUGGAGGAGGAGAAUGAGUUCCGGAGUUGGGACGAGCUUAUACCUGAUGCCCUUGGGCUCAUAUUUAGGAAACUACCACUCCAAGAGACGCUUACUGUAAUCCCAAGGGUCUGCAAGUCAUGGGGAAGAGCAGUGGCUGGGCCUUACUGCUGGCAGGAGGUAGACAUUAUGGAAUGGAGUAAAUUUCGGACGCCAGAGACCAUUACACGAAUGCUUCAAAUGCUGGUUUUAAGAAGCUCGGGUUCACUCCGCAAACUCUGCGUUGCUGGCCUUCCCAAUGACCAGAGUUUUUCCUUUAUUGCUGACCAUGCCAAUUCUCUUCGGACAUUGCGGCUGCCAAGAAGUGAAAUAAGUGAUUUGAUAGUGGAACAGAUUGCUGCAAGGCUCUCUACCCUAACUUACUUGGAUGUAAGCUACUGCAAAACUAUUGGAGGUCCUGCACUUGAGGCAAUUGGAAAGCACUGCAAACAUCUCAGAAAGUUGCAGAGAUGUAUGUACGGAUGGGAGGUACUUGACAAGGUCUCUCAAGAUGACGAGGCCCUUGCAAUAGCAGCCACAAUGCCAAAACUCAAUCACCUUGAGAUACUCUACCUCCGUAUUAGUACAGAAGCUGUGUGCCAGAUACUCUUGAAGUGCCCUGAGCUCCAGUUAUUAGAUGUGCGAGGGUGCUAUAGUGUAAAGCUUGAUGAAAGGUUUGUCAAGAAAUUCUCAGGACUGAAGGUGAUUGGACCAGGUUCAGACAAUGAGGGCUGGGAUGAAUGUUCAAACUACUCAGUUUCUUCUGGCUACUUAGCUUGGGACUUCGUCGCCAGUGUAAUGGAUGACGAUUUUGACGAAGAGAUGUUAGAUGAAGCUUGGGAAGACGACCAAAGUAUGGAGGAUGUAGAAAUGAGGUUCUAUGAUGGUUUUUAUCUUGACAAUGGUGGGUUCGACUGGCCCCUAUCUCCUUGAAUUCUCUGCUGGAGUGUGGUGGGGUUUCCAGUGGAGGUUAGAGGUGAAAAACUACUUGAACCCUGUGUAAGAAAUGUUGUUUUUCCCAGUAAUUAGCAGCCACUAAUAUUUCAGCGUGUGUGUUUCUGCAUAAGUAUAACCAUGUUGUACUCUGUUGUUUGCAUAUCAAUCCAAGUGAAACUUGUGAGGCUUUGUAUCUAUUUCUCAUAUAAAUAAAAAGGCUUUGUUUAUGUCGUUUUAAAA